CAUGUCCAGUUUCGAUUCAAACUUGCCAUUUAACGGAUCGUACGACGCCGUCUCGUGAAAUAUGAAGAAUUUGAAGACCUUAUUUUGUAACAUUCUGUUGAUUCACGUGACGAAAGCCGUCGUCGUUGGUCUUGGGAAGCUUCGGGAAAGUCCAAAGUACGAUAUCAGUUUCUACGAUGUAAGGACGAAUAGGACAUUCGGCUAUCCGGUGGUUACCUUUGGGCCUGAGAGCUCCGGCCAGGAAAACAGCGUGAGACUUGACAUCAGUGGCAAUGCCUGCCGGUGUGAGGAACUGGUGUGCGGAUGUUGUAUGGGAAUGAAAAUCGAUCAGCUGAACUUCAAUCGGCACUUUUGCACGCACGUGUCCUACGUUCCUUACGACUUCGCCAUCAACAUGCAGGUGAUGAUGAACAGAUCCAGCAUUUACGAGAAUUCCAUUUCGGCUAAAAACCCGCCUCCGUUCUGUCUACCGGUGCCAAUUCCUUAUAUCCCGCUGAACGCCGAUCUUUGCCUGAAACUGUUCGACAUUUAUACUCCUCGCAAAAACCUGCACCUGUGUCUGGACGUUGAAGCACGUGUCUGGCGUUAUCCGAUCAUUAUCCUUCACUUCGACUGCAUGCGCAUGGGCCAGGACGGUUGGGCGCUGCUUAAACCAGAAGACGGCGACGGUCUUGAACCUGUUUACCCGGAAAUCAUAGAAAUGCCCGAUGCUACCACCGAUGUCUACGACGAAGUAGAAAAUAAAUACAACUAG